CUUCAGCUCCUCCUUCAGGAUUCAGCAGAACCUUCUGUAACCCGAUCAAACGCUGAGUUCUGAUGGAGGCCCGUCUGACGUUUGGGUCGUUGGAGCUGAGGGUGACUCAUCCAUGCAGGCUGCGCUCCCACCGCAGCCGAAGGGGGAACCAGGAUCUGACAAGUGCCAAGCUGGAGGCCAGCCUCCCAGCUCUCCACCCAGCUCAUUCUUUCCUACUCGGGCACUUUGGACGGGCUUUCAGACGGAGCAGCACCAGAACCGAGACAUCACCCAACCUGCUUCCUCUUGCUUCAGCCAGACUUUAAAGGUGAGAUGGCCACGCCCAGAAACACUCCCCGAGGUGCAAACACCCCGCUGUCCCCCAACCGGAUCACCCGGCUCCAGGAGAAGGAGGACCUCUGCAACCUCAACGACCGCCUGGCCGUGUACAUCGACAAGGUCCGCUCUCUGGAGGUGGAGAACGCCGGGCUGCGCCUGCGCAUCACCGAGUCCGAGACGGAGGUGAGCCGCGAGCUGACGGGCCUGAAGGCCGCCUACGAGGCGGAGCUGGCCGACGCCCGCCAGACCCUGGACUCGGUGGCCAAAGAGCGGGCGCGGCUGCAGCUGGAGCUGGGGAAGCUGAGGGAGGACCACAAGGAGCUGAAAGCCAGGAACACCAAGAAGGAGUCGGAGCUGGGGGGAGCCCUUCAGAGGCUCAGAGACCUGGAGGCCCUGCUCAACUCCAAGGACGCCUCCCUGACCACGGCUCUGGGGGAGAAACGGAACCUGGAUGCGGAGAACCGGGACCUGAAGACGCAGGUGUCCAAGCUGGAGAGCAGUCUGGACGAUGCCAGGAAGCAGCUGCAGGACGAGAUGCUGCGCAGGGUGGACGGAGAGAACCGCAUCCAGACUCUCAAGGAGGAGCUGGAGUUUCAGAAGAACCUCCACUCUGAGGAGCUGCGGGAGACCAAACGGCGCCACGAGUCCCGGGUGGUGGAGCUGGACAACGGCCACCAGCAGGACUUUGAGAGCAAGCUGGCCGAGGCGCUGGCCGAGAUGCGCAGCCAGCACGAGCUGCAGAUCAAAAUGUACAAGGAGGAGGUUGAGAAGACCUUCAACACCAAGCUGGAGAGCGCCCGUCAGUCGGCGGACAGGAGCAGCCACCUGGUGGGGGCGGCGCACGAGGAGCUGCAGCAGACCCGGCUCCGCCUGGAGUCCAGCUCGGCUCAGCUGGGCCAGCUGCAGAAACAGCUGGCGGCCCGCGAGGCGAAGCUGAGGGAGCUGGAGGACGCUCUGUCUCGGGAGCGGGACAACACGCGUCGCCUGCUGGGGGACAAGGACCGGGAGAUGGCGGACAUGAGGCAGAGGAUGCAGCAGCAGCUGGACGAGUACCAGGAGCUGCUGGACGUGAAGCUGGCCCUGGACAUGGAGAUCUGCGCCUACAGGAAGCUGCUGGAGGGGGAGGAGGAGAGGCUGCGGCUGUCCCCCAGUCCUCCUCCCACCAGGGUGACAGGAAGUCGCUCCUCCACCUCGGCGUCCCACGCCCGGUCGGUCCACGGCGCCGCUCGCAGCUCGCCCGCCAAGAGACGCCGUCCCAACGACACGGACAGCGAGGCGUCCAGCUUCACGGGCGGAACCGUGGCCCGGACCCGCAUCAGCCAGCAGGCCUCGGCCAGCGGGCGGGUCACCGUGGACGAAGUGGAGCUGGAAGGGAAAUAUGUUCGCCUCAGCAACAAAGCUGAUGAGGACCAGAAUCUGGGGAACUGGCAGCUGAAGCGGCAGGUCGGAUCCAGAGCCCCGAUCGUCUUUAAGUUUCCGGCUAAAUUCACCCUGAAGGCGGGUCAGAGAGUCACGAUCUGGGCUUCUAAUGGCGGAGGAGUCCACAGUCCUCCUUCAGACCUGGUGUGGAAGACUCAGGCCUCCUGGGGCACCGGGGACCAGUUCCAGACCAGCCUGAUCAGCACCAGUGGAGAGGAAAUGGCCAUGAGGAAGGUCGUCCGCUCACACUUUGAAGAUGAAGACGAGGACAUGCAGGUGGCUCACAGCACCUGCGGUGACGGCGAGUACAACCUGCGCAGCCGGACCUGCGGCUCCUGUGGACUCCCUUCAGACAAGUCCGGCAGCUGCUCCCUGUCCUCGACGCCCCGCUCGUUCCGCAGCGGGGGGGUCUCUGAGGGUCUGGUCCCGCAGUCCUACCUGUUCAGCACCAGCACGGCCCGCAAGAGCGGGUCCAGGAUGGAGAGCUGCCCCGUCAUGUGA